AUGAGCAUUGCAAGGUGGAAGGCUAUAAAAACUAAGGAAACUGAAAAAGAAUCUGAUAGGCUGGAAACAUUUGAAGAUACUCAUACAAGAAAGAAUGGGACCUAUGUGAAUGUGUAUACUGCAACCCUAAUUGAGAAGGCGUAUACUCUUAGACAAGAAGGUUCGUUUGAUAAUGAACAAAUUUUUCAGAAGGUGCAUGGGCCAGAGAAUCCUGGGAGGGUUCGUUGUGCUGGUUUGGGACCAACGCCAUCGACUUAUUCGGGGCCUUCUUGUUCUUCAGCUUCAAUAAAUUCUACCACGACAUCAAACUCUAACGAGGUAGACGCUCUAAGAAGUGAAGUGAUAGAACUGAGAAAUGAACUGGCGGAAGCAAAAAGUGAGGGAGUUGAACUGAGAAGUGGGAUGGAUCAGCUGCAAAUGGAAGUAGACACACUGAAGACACUGUUCUUGCAACAUCUUCGUAGGGAGAAGGGGUCAAUGGAGGGUUCAAUUCGUGCACCAUCUUCAUCAAGCCAAAGUGCUACACGGGGUUGA